AUGUAAAAUCAAAAUCAAUGGACCUUGCUGAAAAAUCCAAUUAUUUUCUAUAUUAGAGCGGAUACAACAUAAUUGUCUUUAGCUGAUUUACCUCCGUAAGCUCGAAAAGCUAAGCUUCAUAUAUGCUUAUUAUCUGGGGGAUGCAAUAAUGGGGAAACUGUUACUUGGACUUUUUUUACAAAAGUAGAUAUUAUUAAAAUAUGUGGAAGACCACAUUGGCAAAAUGCUUAGACUAUAUAUAGUGAAAAUUGCACAAUUAGACUUGAUGAGAGAAAAAUAAUUGAAGUAAGUAGAGAUUAGGGUUUUCCUGGUCCUAAUUUUGGACUUAGUUUUGAAGUUUUAGGAUAUAAAUGA